CUCGAUACAUAAUGAAAAAUUCAGGAACUUAAUAUUAACUUAAAUAAUUUCGGCCUUGGACAUCGUUUUCGGAGCUAUAAUAAGAGUCGCGUUGCACGUUUCCGCAUCUCAUCACGCUCAUCGUUCUAUCGUAUAUCGUCAUUCGCCAUAUCGGCAGCUGUGCAUUAUACUGCGUAGAGUCCGUCCUUCAUCCACCCACCAAACAUUAUCCUUCUACACGAUUGCGACGACGACAACACCGUCGAAUGUUGAUACCGCCGUCCGUCUACCACCCACGCCGUAGUACGAAUGCAGGCUGAUGAUGAUAACAACAAUAAUAAGUAAUAAUAAUUAAAAUAACAACUGGUCACUGACGGUAAACAUGAGAAACGAAAAUCGGCCUUGCGCACGACGAAACAGUAUAUAAUAUAUUAAUAUAUAAAUAUUAUAAUAUUCCUAAGAAAUAAUUAUUUUAUUUUUCCUCUCGUAAUUUCGUACAUGACAAAAUUGACUUACAUGUUACAUAAACUCUAUUUUUUCGUGCGCGCGCAGCACUUGAAUAAUAAUAACAACGAUGUCGCGAUGUGUAAGUAUCCGCGCGACGGCGAUUCUUGUUUAGUUGUUCGGUUACUGUCGAAGUGUCGACUCUUGAGUUUUCGGUUCCUGCCGUUCGUGGCUGGUGAGUUGUUCGAGUAACUCAUCUGCUUGCCAGUAGUCUGCAAUCGGCACCGCUAGGCGCUAGUCAAUGUUCGUCUGUGGGUGACAUUAUGGACGAAAGGGAUGAUUUGCUGACGGACAGUGGAGGGAUCGACGUACAAUUUUCGGACGUGUCGUACUCGGUAUCCGUCUGGACUCCAGGCAGAAUAUUCGGUCCAGAGAAAAAACAGAUUUUAAGAAAUGUCAGUGGUGCAUUUCAUAAAAAACAAGCAUGCGCUAUAAUUGGAUGUUCUGGAUCUGGCAAGUCUUCGCUGUUAAAUUUCAUUUCUGGUUAUAAGACAUGUGGUUACAAAGGAGAUAUAAUUAUUAAUGGACAGCCACGCAAUCGAAAACAAUUCAUAAAACAAUUGAGUUAUAUAAUGCAAGAAGAUAAUUUACAACCCCAUCUUACUGUUUUAGAAUCAAUGGAAAUAGCUUCUAAACUUAGAAACUGUACCAUACAACUUGAUGUUUACCACAAAAUCUUAAUAAAAAGAAUAUUAGAUAAUUUAAAGUUGUCAGAAAAAGAACAAACUUUGGCUGGAAAUUUAUCUGGGGGUGAACGUCGUCGACUGUCUAUUGCUGUAGAAUUAAUACGUAAUCCAAAAGUGAUGUUUUUUGAUGAACCAACAACAGGAUUAGAUGUAGUAUCUGCAAAUUAUGUAGUAUCUAUGUUAAGAGACUUAGCCAAUUGUGGUAAAACAAUUAUAUGCACUAUUCAUCAAGCAUCUGCUUCUCAAUUGGAAAUGUUUAAUGCAUUAUACAUAUUAUCACCUACUGGUCAGUGUAUUUACCGCGGACAGUCAUCAAGCCUUAUAAGUUAUCUAUCAUCUGUUGGUCUCCAGUGUCCUUUACAUCAUAAUCCUGCAGAUUUUAUCAUUGAAGUAAGUGCCGGAGAAUAUGGUGAUCAUAAUGAAACACUUGUGAAAUAUAUCAAUAAUGGAAAAUCAAAUGACUGGAAUAAUGACAAAAGUUUAGAAAACUGUGUUCAAUUGCAAAGCUAUCGUUCUAAUUGUUCUAAACAUAAAUGCAUCUCAAAGUUUUUCAAUGAACUACGAAUACUAAUUAAUAGAACAUUAAUCAUCUCAUCUAGAGACAGUGACUUUAUCAAAGUACGAAUAUUUGUACCUCUUUUAAUGAGUUUUCUGUUUGGUUCAGUUUACUUAAAUAUUGGCAAAAGUGGUUUGUUCACACGAGAUAAUGUUACAAUGUUAUACUUCAGUAUGAUGGCGAUUGUUUAUUUAUCUGCCUACUCAAUGUCUAUAAAAUUUCCAAUGGAGUUAUUACUUAUGAGAUUAGAAUAUUUCAACCAGUGGUAUUCACUUCGUUCAUAUUACACGUGUGUGACAUUAAUGGAUCUACCUUUACAGGUUAUGUCUACAGGUCUAUUUUGCAUUGUGAUUUAUUUAAUGACUGGACAGCCAUUUGAGUUAUUCAGAUUUUUAAUGGUUUUUUUAAUGUUAAUUGUAACUGGUUUAAUGUCACAAGCAACAGGCAUGUUGAUUGCAAUUUUGUUUAAGAAUUUUCUUAUAAAUACUAUUGUUAUAUCUUCAAUUAUUUUACCAAUGACAAUAUUUGCGGGCAUUAUGUUACGUAUUAAUGACACACCAAAAAUGUAUAGUUGGAUUUAUGAUAUAUCUAUAUUGAAACAUUCUAUGCAAGGUAUUUUACAUGCUAUUUAUGGUUUUAAAAGAUCUACGUUGCCAUGUCCAGAAAUAUAUUGUUACAAUGGUACACCAGAAUUAGUUCUCAAGGAUGUAAGUAUGAGUGAAAAUAUGUUUUGGACUAGCAUUGGAUAUAUCACAGCUGUAUUUUUAUUUCUUAAAAUUUGUACUUAUGUUAUCUUAAAACACAAACUUUCUUGAUGAAAAUAAUUUAUAAUGUUAAAUUGACUAAUACUUGAUACUAGUCAAUGUCGAUAUUGUUAAAUAAUCUAUUUAUUUUACCUACAUAAAAUAUAUUUUUCAUAAUUUCAUAAUUUGAUGUCUCUUGUUAAGUCAUAUAAUUGAAAAAAUAAGUAGUAUUUUUAUAUUUAUUAAGACUUAUAGAUUAUCUAUAGUUGUAGAUGUGAGGUAUAGUAACUAUGAGGAAGAGGAGAUACAUAAAUGAUACCCUGUAUUGACCUUGAUGCAGUUUUUUUAACAUAUUUGCUUUAUUUUUAAAUACAUAAUUGAAGCGAAUAUUUAUGUCAAUAUAAGUUUUUAAAAAUAAUUUAAUCCUCUAAUUAUACCAUCACUCUUAAAAAAUAUUCUCAUUGCGUAACUGUUAUGGUGGUUUAGAUAGAUUAUUGUUAUAUAUUUUGAGUUAAAUUAGAACUCAUAUAAUUAGAUGUCAGUAAUUUGAAAUAUCUUCUCUAAUAAUAAUGAUGGUUGGAUAAAUAACAAAUUU